CCCGCCGCCGGCGGCGCCCGACGCCUGCGGAGCCCCGCGCGGUGCCCGCGGAAGGCCGAGGCGGAGCGGCGGGGGACGCCGGCCCGGGGGGGCGAUGGCUGCGGGUCUGGUGGCGCUGCUCUGCCUGGCCGCCGCCGCGGCCGCCGUGGAAGAAACCCUGAUGGACACGCGGACAGCGACGGCUGAGCUGGGCUGGACUGCCAACCCACCCUCGGGGUGGGAAGAAGUGAGCGGCUACGACGAAAACCUGAACACCAUCCGCACGUACCAGGUGUGCAACGUCUUCGAGCCCAACCAGAACAACUGGCUCCUCACCACCUUCAUCAACCGGCGUGGUGCCCACCGCAUCUACACCGAGAUGCGCUUCACGGUGCGGGACUGCAGCAGCCUCCCCAACGUCCCCGGCUCCUGCAAGGAGACCUUCAACCUCUACUAUUACGAGACAGACUCGGUCAUUGCCACCAAGAAGUCCGCCUUCUGGACGGAGGCACCCUACCUCAAAGUGGACACCAUUGCUGCUGACGAGAGCUUCUCCCAGGUGGACUUUGGUGGCAGGUUGAUGAAGGUGAACACAGAAGUGAGAAGUUUCGGGCCCUUGACCCGCAAUGGCUUUUACCUGGCUUUCCAGGACUACGGGGCUUGCAUGUCUCUGCUCUCCGUCAGGGUCUUCUUCAAGAAGUGCCCGAGCGUGGUGCAGAACUUCGCCAUCUUCCCAGAGACGAUGACGGGGGCGGAGAGCACCUCUCUGGUGACUGCCCGUGGCACCUGCAUCCCCAACGCCGAGGAGGUGGACGUGCCCAUCAAACUGUACUGCAACGGGGACGGGGAGUGGAUGGUCCCCAUAGGCCGCUGCACCUGCAAGGCUGGCUACGAGCCGGAGAACAACGUGGCCUGCAAAGCCUGCCCGGCCGGGACCUUCAAGGCCAGCCAGGGUGCGGGGCUGUGCGCCCUGUGCCCCCCCAACAGCCGCUCCAGCGCCGAGGCGUCGCCACUCUGCGCCUGCCGCAACGGCUACUACCGGGCCGACCUGGACCCGCCGGCGGCCGCCUGCACCAGCGUUCCCUCCGGCCCCCGCAACGUCAUCUCCAUCGUCAACGAGACCUCCAUCAUCCUGGAGUGGAACCCGCCGCGGGAGACGGGGGGCCGGGACGACGUCACCUACAACAUCGUCUGCAAGAAGUGCCGCUCGGACCGGCGCGCCUGCUCCCGCUGCGACGACAACGUGGAGUUCAUGCCCCGGCAGCUGGGGCUGACAGAGACCCGCGUCUUCAUCAGCAGCCUCUGGGCUCACACGCCGUACACCUUCGAGAUCCAGGCGGUCAACGGGGUUUCCAACAAGAGCCCCUUCCCGCCCCAGCACGUCUCCGUGAACAUCACCACCAACCAAGCCGCACCCUCCACCGUACCCAUCAUGCACCAGGUGAGUGCCACCAUGAGGAGCAUCACGCUGUCCUGGCCGCAGCCGGAGCAGCCCAAUGGCAUCAUCCUGGACUACGAGCUCCGCUACUACGAGAAGGUGAGCCGGAUCUGCACGCCCGAUGUCAGCAACACCGUGGGCUCGAGGCCAGCAACGGACCACAACGAAUACAACUCCUCCAUGGCCCGCAGCCAGACCAACACGGCCAGGAUCGAGGGGCUGCGCCCCGGCAUGGUCUACGUGGUGCAGGUGCGAGCGCGGACGGUGGCCGGCUACGGGAAGUACAGCGGGAAAAUGUGCUUCCAGACGCUGACCGAUGAUGACUACAAAUCCGAGCUGAGGGAGCAGCUGCCGUUGAUUGCGGGGUCCGCGGCGGCCGGUGUGGUCUUCAUCGUCUCGCUGGUGGCCAUCUCCAUAGUCUGCAGCAGGAAGCGUGCGUACAGCAAGGAGGCGGUUUACAGCGAUAAGUUACAGCACUACAGCACCGGGCGAGGGUCUCCAGGGAUGAAGAUCUACAUCGACCCCUUCACUUACGAGGACCCCAACGAGGCGGUCCGCGAGUUCGCCAAGGAGAUCGACGUCUCCUUUGUGAAGAUUGAAGAGGUCAUUGGAGCAGGGGAGUUUGGAGAAGUGUAUAAAGGCCGCCUGAAGCUACCUGGCAAGCGGGAGAUCUACGUGGCCAUCAAAACGCUCAAAGCUGGCUACUCGGAGAAGCAGCGCCGGGAUUUCCUAAGCGAGGCCAGCAUCAUGGGGCAGUUUGACCACCCCAACAUCAUCCGUCUGGAAGGGGUGGUGACCAAGAGCCGACCUGUCAUGAUCAUCACAGAGUUCAUGGAGAACGGGGCCUUGGACUCCUUCCUACGGCAAAAUGACGGGCAGUUCACGGUGAUCCAGCUGGUGGGGAUGCUCAGAGGAAUUGCCGCUGGGAUGAAGUACCUUGCAGAGAUGAACUAUGUCCACCGAGAUCUGGCAGCCAGGAACAUCCUGGUCAACAGCAACCUAGUGUGCAAAGUGUCAGACUUUGGGCUCUCGCGGUACCUGCAAGACGACACGUCCGACCCCACCUACACCAGCUCCUUGGGUGGGAAGAUCCCCGUGCGGUGGACAGCCCCGGAGGCCAUUGCCUACCGCAAGUUCACGUCGGCCAGCGAUGUCUGGAGCUACGGCAUCGUCAUGUGGGAGGUGAUGUCGUUCGGGGAGAGGCCCUACUGGGACAUGUCCAACCAAGAUGUCAUCAACGCCAUCGAGCAGGACUACCGGCUCCCGCCGCCCAUGGACUGCCCGGCCGCCCUGCACCAGCUGAUGCUGGACUGCUGGCAGAAGGACCGCAACACCCGGCCUCGCUUCACGGAGAUCGUCAACACCCUCGACAAAAUGAUCCGCAACCCGGCAAGCCUCAAAACUGUGGCUACCAUCACCGCUGUGCCUUCUCAGCCCCUCCUCGACCGCUCCAUCCCCGAUUUCACUGCCUUUACCUCAGUAGAAGACUGGCUGAGCGCCGUCAAGAUGAGCCAGUACAGAGACAACUUCCUGAGCGCUGGCUUCACCUCCCUCCAGCUGGUCGCCCAGAUGACAUCUGAAGACCUCCUGAGAAUAGGGGUGACUCUGGCUGGGCACCAGAAGAAGAUCCUGAACAGCGUCCAGUCCAUGCGAGUGCAGAUGAGUCAGUCUCCGACCUCGAUGGCGUGACGUCCCUCGCUCAACGGGGAGGGGACAGGGAGGGCAGGCGGCGGAGGCGGGAGGGGAGGAACUGACAGAGCCGCGGUGCGACGGUCGGAGAGGGGCGGCCGCGGCUGGGGGCUGCGCCUGCUGGCGAAGGAUGCUCCUGGGACUGGCCUCGGCCUGGUGACUUCCGUUCCUCGCCUACAGAAGCACACUUACCGAUGUCACGGGGAACAGCGUAUAAAUAAGUAUAAAUAUGUACAAAUAGUAUAUUUAAAAAUGAAAAAAAAAAAAACACAAAACCACACAAAAAAACAGCCAACAAUGAAGACAAACCAAUGUAUGUUGGGGAAAUGAACCCAAAUCCUAGAGACCAGACUCCACUCCCACCGCCAGUGAGCAGUAGUCAAAACUGAGGUGGAGGAAGGGACUUUUGGGGAAGGGAGAGGCACCAGAUUGAGUUCCCCAACUGGAGAAGCUACCGGCAGCGACUGCCUUCCUUCUUGCUUCCUUUGCUCUCCCUCCCUGCCCCAGCCCCUCCUGCUGCCCCUGCUCCCUUCUCUGCUCAUGGCCCGGUGGAGCCUCCUCAGCAGCCUCCACAGCUGCCCCCAUCGUGUCUAGGUGUCGCUCUGCCAACUACCAAAGGACUUCGCUGACCACUGCAAGGGGGGGAUCCGACUCAAUCCAGUUAAUGUCUUCAUAUUGAAGAAGAGAUGUACCUUCAAUAGAAAAACCUUGGUUUUUUUCUUUUGCUUGCAUUUUUUUUGCAAAAAGGAAAAACAACAAAAAAAUCCAUCAUGGAAAAUGGAAAGAGGUGUUCCCGUGUGUGUGUGUGUGUGUGUGCGCGCGCGUGUACUUUGUCAACCUACCAUGGACUCGCUGCUUGGAGGUCGCCACCCACUUGAAGGCAGUGGAUGGCCGGGUCCAAGGCCUGGAUCUGUGCCUGGAGCCGGCAGAGGCCCCAGCGAGGCCGGCGCUCAGCGCGGCGCAGGCGGGACCAGGACGAGGAUGAGGAGGAUGCGAGGGGCCAGCGGGGACAGGACUGGAGGAGUCGCGGCGUGUGGGUACUGGGUUGUGGAGGAGGAGGAGGAGAGAUGCUCUGGGGAAGAGACUGAUGAGGCCUCCAGAGCCUCGGGGAUCUGCAGAAGAUGGCUACGGAGAACUUUAUUUCCCCCAUCUUGUGGACCUAAGGAUUUUGAUAUUGGGUUACAGACUUGGGUUUCAUGGCUUCAGAGGUAGGUCCAUUUGUCUCGUGUACUUCUCUGUCUGUCCAUCCUUCUGUAUUUUUCUGCUUACUUCCUCGAAGCCUCUUCCAGUGAAUACUUCCGUGUUUAAUUUGAUUUUUUUCCCGACCGCUGAUCUCCUUUGCAAAUUGAUCUAGUUAAAAUUACUAGACGCAUGUCAGUGUUUACACAGAAUAUUGUAAGUCUGGGCAAUCUAACUUCCCUCUGCGGACUGCGCGGAGAGUUUAUAAAAUGAAUGAACUCUUAAUAAGGCUUUUACUUAGGCGGCUAUGUGCGAGUUGUAACGAUCCAUCACUGCGGCUGGCAGCCGGAGCGGGGGCUCACCGUGCCCCAAGGGCUGCGGGUCCCUGUCAGGAAGGUGUCGGGGCUGCCUGGUACCUCCCAGCCCUAUGGGGGUGCCUCAGGUGUCUGUAAGAUGCCCUCCAUCCUCCUGCCCUGCAGCACGUGUCUGUCCGUGCCAUGGGGGUGCCCCGUGUCCAUCUGUCCCUUGUCCGUCCAUGCUGCAGGGAUACCCUGUGUCCACACGUGCCAUCGAGAUGCCUCGCAAGGUUUGCUCCCUACCCAUGCCACAUGAGGGGACAAGCCCUCCCUCUGCCUGCUGCCAGCAGCAUGUGCCCGGGCUGCGAGCGGUGGGGCCAUCGGAGUCCUCUCCCCUUGGGGUCCCCCAUGGGAGAGGCAGCCCUUGGGGAGCGGGGUGCGCGGCUUGGGGGGGAUGGGGGCUGACACUGCCGGCAGGAGAGGGACCCGCGUGUCGGGGUGCUCUUUACUCCGGGUUUUUCUUCCCAGUCAUCUAAGGAAACGGCCCGCUGUGCUGCUGGAGAGCGGGAGCGAGCGAGCUGCAGGAAUGAGCCUGUUUUGAAUCGCUGAGCUCCCUCCGGAGAAAGAGGCAGAGAAAAACACCCCGUGUUUACAAUGGCGGGGACUGCUCCUGGCCUGUCAGAUAGAUGAUCACCGGUACCUCUCGGGAUCCUCGCGGCCCGAAUCUGUAUUCCGGGACGUUGUUGCACUGCAUACAACGUGCAGAUGGAGCGAGCGCCAUGCAUGCUAAUGCGCUGCAUCGCCACGUUGGUAUUCACUGCAGCUGAUGGAUCCUUUUUUUUUAAUCAUCUCUCUUUUAUUAGAAGGAACCUAAAGGCAUUUGAAGGGACAAAUGGCAAUGACACAGGAUAAAUAUAAAAACUCCCCCUUUGCGGCUGCUCUGCCCCGCUCAGUGUCCUUCUGCCGCCUGCCUGGGGCUGGAGGGACGACACGACGGCACCGCUGCCUGUACCUAACCUGCAGCCCCACGCAUCCCACGUGCACCCCAUGCCUCCUGGGCUGCGGUGGGGCAGGCCAUUCCCAGCCACAGCUCUUCUCACUGGUCCUCGCUGUGAUGGCAGCGUCUACCUUGGGCUGGAGCCACUGCGGUGGCACUGGGGCCUGGAGAUGUCCCCUGUGGUGUCACUUGAGAGCUGGGGCUCAAUAAGGAGUCUGAGGAUGGUAUGAUCAAUUCCUCCAGGGCGGAGGCACGGCUGGCGAAGGGGUGGCUGUCUAUCUGAUGCCCAAAGGUGGGCCACCUGGUCCCAUGCCUUCAGAGACUUUAGGCACUUCUUUUUCUCUUCAGACGUAGCUGGAUGCAAACGUUGGGGCCUGAAGCAUCACCGGCACCACCAGUGAUGAGCAAGUCUGGCUGACAGUUGUUGCCUCUGGAUUUAGAGGGGGUUGCAAGCAAGCGGCAGCAUCGUCCAUAUCGUUCAAGAGGUCUCUUCCAUCAGCAAUGGAUGGAGAAGCUGCCCAGAUGCUCCAGCUGCUGCAGGAGGCUCUGCCUUGCUGUUGCUUUUUCUCUGGACCGAGGAGGAAUGUGGAUUCGGGUUAGGUGGAUGCUUUGCAGACUGAGAGGGACUCUGCCAAAUGGUUUCAGUGAGGAAAGAACCCCCCAGAAAACCCCAAACCAAAAAUGAAAGCUCCCAUUUCACAUCAUCUGCUCUGUGUCGUGCUUGGUGUUCCUUUCCUCGAUCCUAAAUUGGAAGGGGUGUCUUGGAAAUAAUUUUUUUCCCCUGAAGUUUCACUUUGCAUAGGAUAUAAGAGGGGAAAAAAAAGAAAGGCGUUUCUCAUCGAAACAAAGCGACUCCCCCACUGCCCUGACCUUUCCUCGGGCCCAGGGUUCACCCAACACACCCGGUGCUGGCUCUGGGCCUCCUUCAUCGCUGGGUGCCACCGGGACGGAUCCUGACCCCGGCCCUGCUCCUCACCCCCUGCUGUCACAGCCGUGCUCUGGGGCCGUCGGCUCCUUCUGUGCAUUCCUGCGGCAACUGCCAGGGGCCCUGGGGCGAGAGCCCCUCUGCAGUUUGGAUGCUUUGUUCCCCCUCUGGAACUUGCUGCUCCUUUCCCAAAGCGCCAUCCCCAGCGUGCGGCGUGGGGAGGAGGCGCUCGCUCAAUAGCGGUAAUUAAAACAGCCGCCGAGGGGAGCCCAGUGUGUCCAGGGCAGGAGGGGGGACGAGGUGUGUGUGUUAAUAGCAGCAUUGUGUGCCUCUUUCGAGAAAAAAGGAGGAACGCGCUUUGUGCCAUUUAAUGACCUUCAAAUUAGCAGUUCUUUGAAAGCACUUAUGUAUAUUUAAUUUUAAAUGUUGCCGCAAGUCAGAGCAGGGCUGGCAAUGAAAGCAGCAGGCGGCCAGUUUUUAACUAAGAGCAAGCCCAGAGUGUUAUUUCCAAGCCCGUCAGCUUUCGGUGCUUGCCUUGCUCCUUUCCCUCGGAGAAUACGGGGCUGUGGCCCCAUCCCCCUGCACUGAGGAGCCUGGUCUGGAGGGAUGGGGAUGGACACAUCGGUGUCUGUAAGGGGCUCAGUCGAGCCUCUGAGGCAUAAAGAACAGCCUGUAUAUUUGGGUUGCCCUCUGUUCGUGCUGAGAAAAAAAAAGAAAAAAGGCUAAAACAUCGCGCAGUUUCUAAGGUGAG